AUGGGGUUCUGGUCCUUGUGGUUCUUGCGGGAAAAGAUAAAGCAAGAUUAUGAUAUCUAUGAAACAAUCGGGGAAGGAAAAUUCGCAAAGGUGAAGCGAGCCAAGAAGAAGAAAACGGGUGAUAUCGUUGCAGUCAAGGUUCUGAAUAAGAUGUGCUGCAAGAAAGACUACGAGAAUAUCGGGAAAGAAAUCGACAUCAUGAGGAAAAUCUACAUAGUGAUGGAAUACGUCAGCGGCGGGGAGCUCUUCGACAGGAUCGUGGAGAAAGAUCACUACAGUGAAGCAGAAGCAGCUCAUUGCUUCUACCAGAUCAUCGGGGCGGUCGAGUACCUUCACAGCAUCGGUAUUGCGCACCGAGACUUGAAACCAGGUGAGGGCCGAUCACUCUUGUGCAGCGAAACCGCAAAGGAGCUGAACCCUCUGCCAGAGAAUAUCCUGUAUGCCUCCAAGAGCCCUGACUCUCCGGUCAAGAUCGCUGACUUCGGAUUGGGCGCAAUCGUCGACCUUGAAAAUGGCGCGAUCAUGAAGACAGUGUGCGGAACUCCGUCCUACCUUGCGCCAGAAGUCAUUUCUGCUGAUCACACUGCUGGGGGCUACGGCCUUGAGUGUGAUGUGUGGAGCGCUGGGGUCAUCUUGUACAUUCUGCUGUGCGGUUGUCCCCCUUUUGGUCAAGGAGUUCCUCUGCAGGUCCUUGUCAGGAGGAUAGUGAAGGGAAACUAUGGUUUCCCUGACGCCUACUGGAAGAAGAUCUCUACAGAGGCAAAGGACCUGGUUCAGCACAUGAUGCAAGUGAACAGAUACCAGCGAUACACCCCUACCGAAUGCUUGGCUCAUCCUUGGCUUACCAAGUACCUCAAGGGCCAACUCUCCAGCGUCACCCUGGCAGAGACGCAGAAGCAGCUCAAGAUCUGGAAUGUUGCCAGGAAGCUCAAAGGAGCUUUCAUCACCGUCAGCGCCCUCAACCACCUCGUCCGCCCGCUGGCCUCCCCUCCUCCUGACAGGGCCCUGCAGCAGAACAUCCUGCACCAGGUCAAGUCGGAUCCAGAGUGGCUAGAGGAGCUACGGGAGGCGUUCAACACCCUGGACCACACUAAGACCGGCCACAUCAACAUCCGGGACAUCCAGUCCGCCUUCAAGGGCCUGGGAGCGAACCUCUCGGACGAGGUGGUCGAAGACAUGAUCAAGAAGUUCGACAUCGAUAAGACAGGCUCAGUCGAGUUUGACGAGUUCUGCAUUAUGAUGGGCCCGCCAUGGCCCUCCCCCAGCGCCAGGAGCGAGGCGCUAUCGAAGAAUCUCAGGGACACGUUCAACUACUUCGACCAGGCACGUACGGGGCACAUCAGCUCUUUGGAGCUCCACCAUGCCUUGCAGAAACUUCAGAUCGGGGUGAGCGAUGAGGAGAUCGACUCGAUGAUGGAGCUGGCGGACCUGGACAAGAACGGGAUGAUCGAUUACCAUGAGUUUGAGGAGCUGAUGAGGAAUCACUUUCUCCCUCAUGACCAUGCUGAAGACAAGCACAAAACAUGA